CCUCUCCGUGUCCUCAUCUAUUGUGAGUGAGGCCUCGGUCUUUCGCAGAUUUAUCUAGCUUCAGUAUCGUAUGAAGCUUCACACUUGCAUCUGCCAUGGCUCCUCAAGAAAACAGCAGCGAGACGCCCCGCGAGUGGCGUGGCUGGGGGCCCUGGCUCAAGGAGGAAUUCACGAUCGACAAGCGGUUCAUCCCCAUCAAGUGCAUUAUCUUCCUGUUCACUGGAGGAGUGGUCGCCUUCAUCCCGUACCUGACCCUUCACAUGCAACAGCUGGGCCUCAACGUUGAAGAAAUAGCCAUCAUGUACGCCGUCCUCCCGAUAGCCUCUCUACUGGGUCCUCCUGCGACAGGCAUGAUCGCCGACAAAUUCGGCAAGUACAACGUCAUGUUCAUCAUCAACAUCAUCCUCACGGGCGUGUUCCAUACCCUGAUGCUGCAGGUGCCUCCUGUGCCCAAAAAUGCUGUCAGCUUCGAGUGUGGCUCCGGGGGGCAUAGCCUCGUUUGGGAAGAGUGCGACGAUUGUUAUGAUGUCAGGAAUAACACCGAAGCAGUUCUGACCAUUAGGUUCUGCAAAUACGAGUGUGAGAACCCACCAGAGGAUUUGCAACUGUGUCUGUCAAAUGCAUUCACGACAACUUGCAACACUUAUAACGUCACGGAUAAGAUUCAUGUAAACGGGACUCUCUUUGCCCAGGGGAUGGAGGAAGGCCAGCAGUGCUUUCACACGUGGCGGGAAAUUAACUUCGAGGAAAGCGUGUACACUAACCUUACCUGCAACGCUCCCUGUCCGAUGAAAUGCCAAGUAUUCGGCGAGAAGACCUGCCACCACAUGCUGGAAAAAAAAGCCCCGCCCAUAACCUUCUGGAGUUACUUCGUUCUUCGUCUGAUCGCCACCUUCUUCCUCGGCUCCUCCUUCACCAUGAUGGACGCCGUGACGCUGGCGCAGAUCAACAAGCAGGGCGGGGAGUUCGGCAAACAGCGCGUCAUGACCAUGGUGGGCUUCUCCAUCAUUCCGCUCAUCGCCGGCAUCAUCAUCGACAGGAUCGGGGAAGCCACAGGUAUAAUCGACUACAUGCCAGCCUUCUACCUGGGCGACGCGCUUCUGCUCCUGUCCGUGGUGCUGGUGUCCCGGCUGCCGCUGGAGGUGGAGCUGCCCGAGGAGAGUCUGACGAAGGGGCUGAAGGAAAUCGUCACGAGGGUAGAGAUCGACAUCUUCAUGGUCCUGAUUCUUAUUAUGGGCACCAACUACGGCUUCAUUGAGAGCUACCUGUUUGUUUACCUGAAGGAAUUGAAGGCGCCGAAUUACCUGCUUGGGCUAACCAUGACGACCGGCUGCAUGAUCAGCAUCCCCAUGUUGUUCUGGGCCGACCCUAUUGUGGCAAAGAUGGGUCGACACAACGUUUUUCUCGUGUCCUUCCUCGCCUACGCCGUCAGGAUGUUUGGUUACGCCUACAUCACGAACCCGUGGAUGUGCUUCCCCUUCGAGACCCUGGAGGUGUUCACGUACCAGCUGAUGUGGGUGGCGGCGGCGACCUACUGCCCGAUCCUGGCGCCCAAGGGGCUCCUCGCCACCAUGACGGGCAUGGCCGGGGCGAUGCACUACAGCUUCGGCAAGGGCUUGGGAGCGUUCGCCGGCGGUUACCUGAUCGCUUCGCUCAGCACCGCCGGGGCCUUCAAGGUGUUCGGAGGUGUGGCACUCUUCGGCGCGGCCUUCUACUUCCUUAUUCAUCACUGCUACAUGAAGAAACUUAUAGCGAAGAGAGAGAAAGAAUACGAGAUAACGAAGGCAGAGGAAGACUCGAAGGUAGGCGAGCUGGAAGUCAUGCAGGGCAAGGACCGGAGAGUCAGCAGAGUCAGCACGUAUUCCAGGAAAUCUUCUGUGGAUCAGAAUGGCAGGAGACUUUCUGUGGUGGAUGUCUUGAUGUAAAGAUUGUUGUCAGUUUUGUAGAGUUUAAUUUUUUAUUUUUAUUCUAUUUCAUUAUUUUUUUGAGUUUGUGUAAUUAUAUUUGCUUUACAUUGGCCGCCUGCAUCGAAAAAUUAACACUUGAAGACGUCGUAGUUUAUGCGUUCCUGAAUUGUGUCAGGGACUAACUGAAGAGGGAAAUUAUGAUACUAAUCUUAGUAUCUUUAGUAGGUUAUGUACCCCCAUGGUGUACUUCCUAUGAUUUUUAUUUGUAUUAUAAUCUCUACAUAUAUCUAAUGCCUUUCAAGUUUAGACUUAAUGAGGAUCAAUAUUCAAAUAUCUGGCACUGGUUGUCAGAUAUGCAAGAUAAUUCCGUUUGCUUGUUUUUGUUCUAAUGAUGCCACUUCAAGAUCGUAUGAAACGUACCAAAUACGAUUAACUUUGUACACAUUAUGAUCCCUGCCCUGUAUUUUUCUGAAGACCAUAAAUGAAUGAGAACGAAUAAUUCCAAUUUGUAACUGGCGCUUCUAGAUAAAAUCUUCAAGAAAGGAAAAACUGGCAACUCAUCCAAGCCUCUGGAGUAUUUCGAUUCGCUAAAUCGCUUUUGACGAAAAAAAUAUCUAUAUUGGUGUUGCAGGCAGGAAAUUUCAAUAAAAAUAAAUAUUAAAGACGUAUAAAAAAAUAUCCAGUAUACGUAAGCAAAAGUAUUCAGAGUCAAGUGAUAAGAAUAAAAUAAUCGCGGCACUCCAAGGUCCGGGGUGAGUUGCCAGUUUUUUUUUUUUUUUUCCCCUGUGAUUGGACGCUCUGUGCAAAAAGUGCCGAUUACGUGCCGCCCUUCUUGUAGUACUUAGUUCUCAUUUAUACCUUCUCUUCACUUGGCACAAUGAACCCUCUUGAUAUUUGAAGAUAUGCGCGUUCAAAGGGGGUGUCAGAUUAAUUGUUCGACAAUGCGUGUACGAAUUGUUUUAAUGUAAACCGUCAUCUAUAAUAUGAGCAUCGAUAUAUUCACGCUCAUGCACUCUAGCCCGUGAUAGCACAUUAUGCAGGGUAUUAAAGUAAAUAUACCGAGGUUUAUUUUACAGAUAAACGAUAAAUCAACGAAAUAUUCAAUAAACCCAAUUGGGCUGAGAACACCUUUGGCCACGCAUACCCUCAAUUGUCCUAUAUCGCAAAAUAACUAAUUUCCACACUAUUCUCGCAUCCCCUGUAGACUAAUACCAUAAAAUACAAGCUAGUGUGACACAUCAUUGCCGACAGACUUCUAAACUUUACUGUACACUGAAGUCAGACCAAACAUACUAAUUUUAAUAUCUUCUGUAGGUUAUGUACCCCCAUGGAGUACUUCCUAUAUUUUUUUUAUUUGUAUUAUAAUCUUUACAUAUAUCUCCAACAUUUCAAGAUUAGACUUAAUGAGGAUCAAUAUUCAAAUAUCUGGCACUGGUUGUCAGAUAUGCGAGAGAAUUCCGCUUACUUGUUUUUGUUCCAAUGUGAUGACUUCAGGAUUGUAUGAAACAUUUACUUUGUACAAAAUACAAGCUAUUGUGCUAGUGUGACACUGUGCACUGAUAUUCUGAAGUCAGACCAGGCAAAUGAUCUUCAGACUAUGAUCUUAAACUGUUAAAUGUUUAAAACACUUCUAAAUUCAAUUUCAGUUGCUUAAUGAUACACUGUGGGUGUCUGUGAAAAUAAUAUACUUUUGCCCUUGGUGUUGUUUCAGAGAUUAUGAAAAUAUUUAUACUUCAAGAUUUAUGCAAAGUUUUGCUUAAAAGAUUCUGAAGAUAGUUUGGCAAGGAAGAUAUCUAUUUAUACUAUUUACACUUGUAAAUUUAUCGAGCAUGUUAUCAAUAUCCAUGUAAGGUAAUGUGACUUUGUAAAAUUGUUAUUUGCUAACAAACAUAACUAAUAACAAUGGAAAUAAAAUAAAAUCCAA